AUGCUAAUUUCACCGGCAACAUCUAUUGCCGUCAUUGCAUGCGUCUGUUGUAAAUGUACGAGUUGUAAAUGUCGUCCUAAAGCCAAGAAGGCUGCCGUCUGCUGUAGCUGUAAACGCGAACACGAAAUAAAAACUGCAGUGGAUAAGGAUGGUAAACCGAAAGUACGCCAAAGUUCGAGCGACGAAGAUGACAGUUACCACAUACGCGGAGAGCGACAUAUUCCGAAAAAGAUUAAUAAACCAAUGCAAAAAAUCCCGAAGCUAACACAACGAAAAGCAUGCUCAGAAGCUUCGACGUCGCAGCAUCGUCAUUUUUCUGUUGAGCUAGAUUCCAGUGGAUUGUACUCGUAUGUCCGUGCAUUGUCAACAACUAAUUCUGAGUUCAUAACUGAAGAAAAAAUUGAAUUUAUUGAUGCUGAAGGUGAUGAUCCAUCAUGUUUCAGCGAAAAAAGCCUAAUGAAACGCGGCUUCAAGCAGUUAAACACUGCCGAAACCACCAACAGGUGA